AUGGAGGCGCCGGGGAACCAGGAGAUCUCCUACUACGAGAAGGUGAAGGGGAGGAACGAGAAGAAGGGCUUCUUCUACGCCUGGUAAAUCGUCGCGCUCCUAAAGAUCUCCACCCCAUAAGCUCUGGAAUUUUUCGUCCGCAAAGCAAACCGACUGACCUGGUCGGCUGCCUCCCCUCCCGUAGCCUCUUCGCCCUCUGCUGCUGCUGCUGUUGCCACGAGACCUGCGAGUGCUGCGUUGACUCCGUCUGCUGCUGCUGCCCCUGA